GCUAUAUUUAGCAGUUGCUGGCGUGUAGUGUAACUGUAUUGUUGAAACAAUUUGACUUUUGGCUACAAAAUGUUCUGUCAAGGAUAUAUGGUUAUUUUUACACUAUGUGUAUUGGUGAAUAUCAGCUAUGGGGCUCAAGCAAUUAGAAAGCCUGUACCGAAGCCGGCGGAAUUAGCUGAUCAGCCUGGUUGCUACGAACCAGAUUUGAAGACGGUAUUACCCUAUGACAAACCUUACCUUUCGAAGGAUUGCAGCCAGUAUAUUUGCCAUAACAAUGGUGAAAUUGUUAUUUCGAGUUGCGGUUCCGUAUUUGUGGGUGAGGGUCAGGUCCAAGUCAAAGGGAAUAAGUCUCUGCUUUACCCCGACUGUUGCGACUCUGUGAAGCCGAAGGAUCCCUAAAAUAUUGAUUGUCUGUUUUUAUUCAUAUUCAUUAUUCAUGCCUAUAACACUAUGAUAAAUGAAUGCGAAAUAUA